AUGAGAAGUGUCAAGGCUUUCGAAUUGGCUUGUCAAAUUCUGUUUGUGUUAGCUCUUGCUGGUCUACUGAUAAAAGAGUUGAGAAAUCUUUGGCGAAAACGUUUGAAUUACUUUGGUAUUUUCCAUGCCUGGGCUCAGAUCUUUAUCAUUUGCUGUUCGUUUAGUGCCAUUGCAAUCUACGUCUACAUCAGCAUAGAAGUUAAGAAGCUUACCGUGGAAUUCUAUCGUUCUAACGGCAAUGGAUACGCUAAUUUCCAGAAGGUUGCCAACUUGAAUGAGAUUCUCUCCUAUCUGGUCGCUCUCAUAACAUUUGUGGCUAUCCCACUCUUUAUGCAUAUUCUACGUUUUAACAGGAAUAUUGGUCUACUGGGUUCCGUUCUAACCUACGCCAACCGCGAUAUGAAGUACUUCUUCAUUUUUUUCGCUUUAAUUUUCUUCUCAUUUGUGGCCACAUUUUAUCUUCUUUUUUACGAUACCAUGACGGCGUACAGCAUCAUGAACUCCUCCAUGCAAACAAGUUUCCAGAUUGUUCUGGGGAAGUUCGAUGUCAAGGGUAUGUAUGAACGCGAACCGAUUCUUGGCCCCAUGGUGUUCGCCGGUUUCUCUCUAUUCAUCAUCUUCAUUAUGUUGAGUAUGUUUGUGGCCAUAUUGACAGACAGUUUUGAGAUUGUGCGCCGAGAUUCAACUCUGCAGAGUCAUGAUCAUGAGAUGGUGGAUUUCGGGGUCUCAAGUUUCAUCAUGUGGUCGGGAUUAAAUCGAUUCAAGUGGGGCAGACAGAUGUUGGACUCCUAUUUCUCGGAAGACGAUGUGCAAAUGUACAAGGAUGAUGAGGAGCAAGAACCCGAGAAUAUAAUUGCAGAAUUUAAUGAGACCGCCAAUCAGUUUAUUGCAUGUAUUGAGCGCUCUUAUUUUGUUAGAGGCUCCGAUUUUUAA